AUGUUUGCGACACAGGGCACAGCUCGGAUAAUUUUAGACUAUGUCGUACCGUCUAUAGGGAUCGUUUUGUCCUUUCUUCUGUUUUUGGCACCCUUUCCGCGUGUGCUCGCAGUGCGACGUCGCCUUACUGCGGUAGCGAAUAGUGUGCGCGUCAGCGCUGAACGCGCUCGCUGCGAUGCUCCGUUGCCAACGCAGCCAGCUGCUACGCCCAUGUUCUCUGAAACGAUUCUCGAGUACAAUGUCCAUAGCAAUGUGGCUACGGGACAUCAUAGUGGAGCGGACUCGAGUGAUCUGGCCUCCGUGCCGAGCACCGGGGAUAGCACGGAACUCGCCCCCGUCGAGCUGGUUCUUCAGGUGACCCCAAACGAGCUGAAUGGCCGCAUAGCGGGGAUUCCAAUGAACGAGGUGCCUACUCCUUUGAGUUCAAAAUUUGGCCCAACAAUGGACGAACCAUCUGUCGAUGAAAAUAUCCUGGGUCCGGUGAAUCCGCUGCCGUACCCGCUCAUGUUAGGCAACGCCAUUGGCUGGAUUUCCUAUGCAUUUGUGCAGAGCGAUUAUUUCGUGUUUUGGGCAAAUGCGCCCGGAAUGAUGCUUUGCAUAUUUUACGUUGUGGUUGCGUAUGCUGCAUUACGCCUCGAUGAGUGGCGCAAGCGUCAAAUCACGUCCGGCGAGCGGCAGCGACCGGAAGCGGUGCGGGCGCUUCCGCUGGCACCCGCUUCUAGUGGGCACUGGUGGACCCACAUCCGCAACGCCUCAGGUCUUUUAAAUCGUCGCAACGCAACGGGUGCCGUUUCUGGAACCCAGUCCGAGAGCAACACGGGUUUGCCACCCCGGAUAGAGGAUCCUUUGCGUCCAACUGACUUACCGAUCGGGAACGGGGCACUGACAAGUUCUCUGGUGCGCUCCGACACCACGGAGUCUUUGGUUCCCAAGCCGUUGCCUGCUGAGUUGCAGCGGCAUCCGUGGGUUGCGGGACUCUCCAUGCGUCGGAUGUUUGAAGGCCUGCUCUUCAUUAUCGCCCUGGUCCUGACCGUAUCCGCAUUCUUUGUAUUCAUCCCGUUGGCGAGCAAUGGUGUUUGGCGCAACCAAAGCGCCCGAGUCUUGAUCUCAGGGCUCGUCGCGAAUAUUAUUCUCGGAUUCAUGUACAGUUCACCCCUGUUUCUUAUUCGUACUGUUUUCCGCACUCGCGAUGCUUCCAUGAUCGACCGUAACCUGGCAAUCAUGUCGCUUGUGAACGGAACACUGUGGACGGCCUACGGCUUCGCAAAGCAGGAACCCUUCAUUUAUGUCCUGAAUAUUUUUGGCGCAUCGCUUGGAGCCAUUCAACUUGCACUCAUUGGAAUUUUUGGUGGAAGACGCUCUCACCGCAAUCCGGCUGUCGUGCAAUCCGGGGUCGAGCCGGCCUUCACGACAGCGCCUGCACAACUGGUCAAUGUGGCUCGGAAUGAGCCCGACACGACGAUGCCAUCGACGACGCUGGUUCUCGCUGAGCGCCCCCUGCACCUUCCUGUUGCAACUGUUGUGGUAUCGUGA